AUGGAUUUAUUACUUCGACAGUCUGGUCCAACGCUGAAAGGAAGUCGAAUUCAGGUAAUUAAAUGGUAACCUCUUACAGCUGAUUUUUAUGCUUUUUAGACGCUCACGAUAGUCUCAAUUUAUGGAUUUUUCUACCUAAACCAAGUCAUUUUUCUGCAAUUUUUGGCACAAAAUGGGGUAAUUCAGGAGCAUCGGCACAGGUAGAACGAAAAUUUUAAUCUUUUUCAUCUUAUAAGCGUCUUUUAAAGCAGUCAAAAAUUUUCAAGCAGUUACUUUUAGCUGGUCGCGGAAGAAUAUUUCCUUAUCAAUAUUCGAAAAGCCCUAUUUAACCUUUGAGGUAAGCAAGAAAAGCUGCGCUAAAAGAUUACAUUUUAGAGAAUCUCAACUGUACUUUGCUAAAAUCGAAUUAUUUUCAGUUUCUCUCCUACCCAAUACUGACAAACAACGCCUUAUUUAUCGUUUUUCUCACGUAUUAUGUUGGCUCAGGUUGUGGUUAUCUUUUAUCCGCAUUGUUAUCUCAAAAGUAAGCAUACAAAAAAUGCACCAAAUACUUUGCCUUAUUUAAAAAAAAACAACAACUUGAUUCAGUUUAUCCCCGCGAAAAGGUCUCAUAAUAUUCUCAUUCGUCCAUGUCAUCUUAUCCUUCAUAUCAGCGUUAUGCCCGAUUUAUUGGGCGUUUACUGGCUUCAGAUUCUUCAGUGGACUCUUGACUGGCGCCGCCGGACAUUGCUUGUUGUGUAUAUGUAAGUUAAAGAAGAAGAUGUGAUAUGCGACGUAUUUUACAAAAAUCAUCACAUUCCAAAUAAGAUAAGGUUUAAUAAGAAAAAUGGCGAGCUUAUGACUUGUAGACUUGAUUGAAAUUUAUCCAGACUUGAAAACCAAAAAUAAUCUCCAACGACCAACGCUAAAUCAAAACCAUCCCAAGAUUUCAGUAAUCGACUGGUCUUACUACAAAUUUAAUGCGAUUACUGGCCAUCACAUAAACUUUGGAAAGAUCCUUGCCCUUUUUUUAUACUCCAUUUCCUUGCUAAUGGCCCAUCUCGCAGCUCCUUGGAGGACGAUUCUAAUGGCUCAAGGGAUCCUAACUUUUAUUGGCUUUAUCUUAACCUUGUUGUAAGUAGUGACUACUUUUUUUAAUUUUCAUCAGAUGUGUCCACCAAUCUCCUCGAUGGCUGAAAGAGCAAAAUUAUCUUCAAUUAUUAAUCGAGGAGGGAAAAGCGUUUUCCCGGAGGCAAAAUUACAGCGGAAGGCCUUUGCUGGAUCACGAUUAUAAUGUGAGUACUCCUUUCAAUGACGUUCCAGGGUCUUAUCAGUUAAUUAUCUAAUCAGUUGAUUUCUUUGUAAACUUGCAGGCAAAUGAGCCCAGCUGUGACUUGAAACAAACGACGUCAGAAUUGGAAAGAAUCUGUCUGAUCAUCGCGUAGUAAGCAAAAAGAGAAGGAAUGACGAAGAACAACAUAAAUUUUAAAAAAAAAUUAAUUUCAGCGGUUUCUCGAGUAUUGCGGAACUAUUGGUACAGACAAAUCACAAAGAAGUCCGGACUAAUUUCCAAUAUCAUGUUUUAAUUUUGGCAGGCAAGUUUUUAUGAUUUUUUUUUUGAAAAGUAGUUCUAAUUAUUCAUCAACAUUAUGUUUCAAAGCAUUACUACUCCCACAUUAAAAUUUUUUUGUCGUUUUCAGGUUGUUACUUUUUUGCCUACAUCCUUGCCAUUCCAUCCCGUCGAUUCCCUCGAUUCGGAGUCUCAUCAUCCGCUGUUUUUGGAGCGAUAAUUACAUUCCUUUUAAUCCUCAUAAAACAUCGGCCAAUUGCAACAUGGAUAUUCCACAGUUUCAAGGUUCUGUUGGCCAUCAGUGCUCAUCAAUUGCUUUUCAUGACACUGCUGAAUACUUCAACCCCAUUUGAUGACCCAACCAUCGCCCAGUUAGUCCAUUCGAGAAUUAAAUUGGUUGUUCUGUCUGAGUUCUUCGCUGGAUUAAUCUUCAGACCUUUGGGAUUUUACCUUCAAAUCACUGUAAGUGCAUCUUUUAUCGCAACUUUCGGGUUCUCUAAUCCUCUCAAAAAAUCGUACCAUCCUCAGCGUGACCCUCGUUGGUGAGUCGUUUUUUAUGCGAAACACCCUAAAAAAACGCCUGCAAAAAACACUUAAGCCGUCGGGUUUUAUGUGAAUCGGUACAACGACCACCCAGGCGUCGCAGAAAGACAAUACUUUUUAUGGGAAUUACUAGUUUUUGAGAUGAGAAUUUGGGGUAAUUGGCGAUGAGAUAGUGAGUUCAUAGGAGUUUUGAAAACUUUUUACAUAGAACGGAUUUUAUGAGGUCAAGGCGUUACGGUAGAGCAAACAUGUAAAAGGUUAUCUUGAUAAAAUUCUUGGGAGAUGGUUGUAUUUUGAAAUGUACGGUAUUUCUUCUGUUUUGGAGUAAAGCAUAAGCGUUCAGAAGCUUAUGAGUCACUAAAAAUAACUGACGCGUCUCUGCAAAUUCAAGUUUCCAAGCCAUUGAGCCAGAAAGGCAUGGUCAAACUCUGCUUUGUCUCGCUCUCUCUCCUCAUUAUCCAUACUCUCUCAAUGGCAAAGAUCGAAUAUAUAUGCGUUUCUUGGCUUGAUAAUUUCCUCAAAAAUGUGACUUUUCUUUCCCGACACUUCCUUUUUUAGAGAGCAAAGAUCAAACUGUUUGGAUUUGAAAUUCGCGACAAGUAGACAGCCGAUUGUAAUGAGACUCAUUAAGCCUCAAAUAAGCCAGAAAAUGAUUUUAUUCCAAAAGGAAAUGACAUUCCCGUGUUUUGUCGCUGCUGGAUGCCGCUGCACGUCGCCCGGCGGAAAAGACGGAUGGCAGAGACCUUGAAUUGCGACUGUUUUGUAGCAAAACUAUACACCCCGUACUAUAGAAAGGGUAAUGAAUGCAAGAACAACAGUAAUCCUAGACAGAAACCAAAUUUUUUUCAUUAGCCCAAUUUUUCGGAUAAAGAAUUUGCAAAUUUUUGUAAAUAAUGAGUCAUAAUACGGAAUAGCGCUAGUAACUUUAUAGUAAUCGAUUUUGCGUCAAAAUUCUUGCAAUACACCGCUUAUGGCAACAUUUUUCAAAAAAUUUUUUUUCAGCAUCUUAUUAAACCAGCCAUCUUAUAUCCAAUUAUCUCCCAUUUUCUUACCUUCCCCAUGCAAUUCAACCUAUCUUUGUACACCAAACACCCAGGCCAGAUUAACCCCAACAUAUGUCUGUAACGUAAUCCAUCUAUCAUCGCGUCGCUUUGAACGGUCGCCGAAUAGAUUUGGGUUAAUGGCCAUUGUCCAAAAGGGGCGAUUAGCGCGGAUUGAAACGAGCUUUGUUUAUGCGAGGAGAUCUUUACGAUCUACUGAGAUUACAGAUCAAAGGAAUCAAUCAUUGGUGCUAUAAUAGGAUUGCAAAGAGGUCAAUGGGGAAGGGGAUCCAAUUAUUUAGAGUAAAGGGUAAAGUUAUAUAAAUAUGAUUAUGGAAAUGAGAGCGAAGGCCACAUCCCAUUGAAAGUUGGCAUAGAGAAAGUACAAAUAUGGUCAUGGGACACUAUGAAAAUGAGAUGAGUUGAUAAAAGAAAAUAUUUUUUCGAUUCAAUUUUUAAGUCAAAAAACGAAAAUAAAACCGAUUUUUGACAAUUUCUGACUUAAAAAUCACGGAAGUUUCUGCAAAAUUCAAGCAAGAAAUUAUGAAUAUUAUACAUAAUCGCAAAUGAAAUUAUCGCUUAUGCCAAGUUACAUAAAAUUUUAAACAUGCUUUCUAUCACUUCUCAUCCAAAAUCUCCCCUCUUUUCUCCCCCAUUUCGAAGCGCCAGAUUUUCAAAUUCCCCAUUAUCGCUUCCGUUACCGUAUCCGCUCAUAAUUCUCAUUAUGCUUUUCAGAUCUCCCUUUCUUCUUUUUCCGUCGCGCCAUUAACACGGUUCUUUCAAAAAAAUGCGACAUAUUUUUACGACGCCCAUAAACGCGCGACAGCUGUUGCCAAAUUCAGAGUCACGUCGCUUUUGUUUCGGGCUCGUAAACGCGGAUUUUUUGGCGGAAUUCUUUAGCCUUUUGUAUAAUGAAUCAUAAGGCAAAAGUUGAGAAAUUCGAGGAAUACGGUAGAUCACGGUGAGAACGGCGGAUGAGUAAUGAGGGUUUCGGCAUCGAAAACAGUCAUAAAGCAUCGCAAAGUUGAAGAUAUACGAAAAUGAGCGGGUCAGAGGGGCAUGAAUUCGAACAAAAUAGGAAACGGACCUUGUUUUAGGUUUUGAUGCGCUUAAAUUAGUAAAUAAUCUCAUUUUUAUUGGUAAAAUAGGACGCCAGGUAAGCUUAUCAAUUCAAAGAACCUCACCUAGCUAAGAUUUGAAUCGAUUUUCCCACAAAAAAGUUAGGAAUGUCCUCCGUAAUGGCUUUUGAAGGUUAUUUGUCUCGUGUUUUCCCCAUUUCAUAAAAAAGAGAAUCCAAAUUCAGGUAAACAAUAAACCAACAAACAAGAUCGCAAUGGCUCUCAGAACGCUUCUUUGGAAAAACAAAGAAGCAAGCUAUAUUAUGAGCUGUAGUAUAGUACUUCAGGUGGUACAAUAUACGAAAACUUAUCAAAAAAUGUUAUCAAGAUUCAUGAAUUACGCGCUCUAGCAAGAAGGAGACUCAUUCAUAUAGCUAUAUUUCAGUACGGAACCAAGUCUUUGUACCACAACCUCGCUUUGAUCGUUUGUUUUAUCGCUACAAUUAUUUUUGGCGCUAUUUCUUGCCCAUCACGGAGGAAAUCAGACAUUUUUGGUGGAAAAGACAGUCAAGAAAUCAGGGAAGAAGUGGUCAUGGAGAGAUGUGAGACUGCCAAGGUGGAGAACAUCGAGAAAAAAAGGAAUAAACUCCAUUCUAGACCAUCAGUCAGCUUCGAUCUGCCGGAUAA